AUGAACCGCAACGAAUUGGCCGAGUUGCUGGCUUCUACCCACGGACACCUGUCAAAGCGCCAGACACGAGAGCCCCGACAACAUUCCACAGCAACUUCGAAUGCUCUCACGGCCGAUUUAUCCCCUCGUCAGCUCUUCCAAUCAGGAAUCCGAACAUUAAGUCAUGAUGGGCUUCCGGUCCCAAGUCCCCCGCUGUCACCCCAUCGCCGCGCUGAAUUGCAGCGUCUAUCGAGCUUGCGAGUCCACGUAACAUCUCCUACGAGCCAUGUGCACCAGCAGAGUCCUGGCGCAUGCCGCUUACCAGACGCAAGAUUCGGCUAUACUACGCAAGAGCCUGACUUCGUUGCCGAGGAACGAGCAGCAUGGGUCGGCGUCCCAAGAGAAGGAACUACAAGCGAUAACCGUCCAGUAUUGGACAGCGUUAGCGAGGAGCGACUCUCAACCGAUAGCUCCCAGUCAUCAGACCAGUCUACGCAUCUGCAGCCGUUCGGUCCUUCCCAUGGAAUCUCGGACGCCAGUGACCGGCCCCGGACGAGUCGAGGCACUUCCAUGCCUGGCACAUUUCCCCAUCAUGACGCCGAACCCAAAGGUCACGAGAUUGUUGGACGAAAGUCGAAGUUCCUUGAGGGUAGCAUGAAUGAGAAAUCUGUCGGACUUUCAUCGACAUGGCUUGACCACGGUGCAGGACUAAGUACUGACAGCACUACCGCUGAUGUCGAUGAUGACGACAACGAGUCCACGCCUCGCGCAGGUCGAGUGUCUGUUGACUCGCUCAACUCUACCGACGUUGCAGACUUUACACCGCUUACAAUAACCCCGGCGACCAUCAAACAGAGACUGUCCAGAUUUGCAAGCAACUUCAAGUCUAGUGAGAGUGAGGACGUGACGAGAGAGUCGGAGGUCAAACCGAAGCGGCUCCAAAAGAAGGGCUUAAGAAAAAGCAUUUCUUUCUGGAACUUUGGUAACAUUGGUGGAAAAGUCAAGUUCUUCGGUGCCACUGCCAGCGACUCGUCCGAUAGUCAUGGCCAUUCUUCCAAGAGCAGCGAUGGUGAAAAGCUGGAUGUGCUUGGCGAACGCAAGCGCAAAGCCGAAAAGAUCUAUGCCGAGCAGUUCGGGACCAAGAAGCAGAAAGGGAAUGAUGGAUUAUCAGUUGAACAGGGAGAACCUGCGCAUAGCUUACCGCCUCGAACGCUUAAGAAGCGGAGUGUGUCUGCACAGCGCAGCCCAGCUGCCCGCCGGCGCCGUGAGGUGUCCAGCUCCACUGUUACUUCCCUGCAGGAAUAUGCUAAUGUGCGUGGACCGGCAAGCCUUGACCUGCGCAAGCGGCCUAGCAGGCGCGAACUCGAGAAGGAGAACCAGCAACUGCGAGCGUUGCUCCGUGAACAGCAAGCACAAUCUCGGGGUCACCUGCAACUAUCGGCGUCUCGCUCAUCACUGCACCUGCCACUGGAAGAAAGCGAUGUCGAGACCGUAGAGAGUGCAAUCACAUCCACUCCUUCCAACGACGGCAGGCAGAAAAAGACACAAAAGCAGCGAGGGCGGUCUGGCAUACCUCCGGUGCCCCCACUACCGAGUCGGGCGGUGCUAGAAUCACUAGGCAACAAAGUGCUGGAUGCUCAAGAGGCGCCGGGAACAGGGACAAGUGCUUCGACGUUUCGACAGGAUGCUGGAACAACCAAGCGAGUCACUAGAUCGGCCAAGCUCGGAAUGACUGCAGAUGUGGGAGGCGAGAACAUCAACACGGUCGCUACUAGUACCGGGACAGUCAAGCCACGACGAGAGGAGUGGGAAUGGCCAGAGGAUGUUUUCUGA